CUGCCCGCAAUUUUGGGUUUUCCUCCAAUCAGAGGAGACGCUCGAGCAGCGGCCAAUGAGAGCUCAGAAGAGCGUGGCGGGCGCAAUCGGAGAGGCGGGGAGGAAAAGGGAGUUCCUUUGGUCCGAGACGGGAGUUACUUGGACACCGCGGCACGACUGGGCGAGGAAGGGAGGGGCGGUGAGUGUCGCCUGCCCGUUUGGUCUUUCCCGGAGAGGCUCGUCAUUGCAGCGCUUGACUGAGACUUCAAAGAACCAAUUUACAAGACCCCCAGAUUGCAUUGGGCAUAUAGAGAUGUCUGGCUCGUAUGAUGAUUCUGUUGGAGAAGAAGUUUCUAGUGACAGCUUCUGGGAGGUUGGAAACUAUAAGCGAGCGGUAAGACGCACUGAUGAUGGUCAUCGACUUUGCAGUGAUCUUAUGAACUGCAUUCAUGAGCGUGCAAGGAUAGAGAAGGCCUAUGCGCAACAGCUGACAGAAUGGGCGAAAAGAUGGAGACAACUUGUAGAAAAAGGGCCACAGUAUGGGACUGUUGAAAAGGCCUGGCAUGCAUUUAUGUCUGAGGCUGAAAAGGUGAGUGAACUACACCUAGAAGUAAAAAGCUCCCUGAUGAAUGAGGACUAUGAAAAGAUAAAGAACUGGCAGAAGGAGGCCUUCCACAAACAAAUAAUGGGUGGAUUUAAGGAAACUAAGGAAGCUGAAGAUGGAUUUAGGAAAGCUCAGAAACCAUGGGCCAAAAAGCUAAAAGAGGUGGAAGCUUCUAAGAAAGCAUAUCAUGCAGCCUGCAAGGAAGAAAAUCUUGCUGUAUCCAGAGAGGCUAAUAGUAAAGCUGACCCAGCCCUGAAUCCGGAACAGCUGAAGAAGCUACAGGACAAAGUUGAUAAAAGUAAACAGGAUGUGCUUAAGACAAAAGAAAAGUAUGACAAAUCUCUGAAAGACCUGGACAAUGCUACGCCUCAGUAUAUGGAAAAUAUGGAGCAGGUUUUUGAACAAUGCCAGCAGUUUGAAGAAAGACGUCUCCGCUUCUUCCGAGAAGUGCUGUUGGAAGUUCAGAAACAUCUUGACUUGUCUACUGUUCCAGGCUAUAAAAAUAUUUAUCGUGAAUUGGAGCAGAACAUUAAAGCAGCAGAUGCUGUUGAAGAUCUAAGGUGGUUUAGAGCUAAUCAUGGUCCAGGCAUGUCAAUGAACUGGCCCCAGUUUGAGGACUGGUCAGCCGAUCUGAAUCGCACUCUCAGUAGAAGAGAGAAGAAAAAAGCUGCUGACGGUGUAACCCUGACAGGUAUUAAUCAGACAGGAGAUCAAGUUUCACCGCAUAACAAAAACAGCAGCAACCUUAGUGUCCCGAGUAACACAGUGCAGUCAGUACAGUCAAGUUACAAUCCCUUUGAAGAUGAAGAGGAUACUGGAAGUACUGUCAGUGAAAAGGAGGACAAUAAAAUCAAAAAUGUUAGCAGCUCGGAGAAAAACCAAAGUUAUGCUACAGAGUGGUCUGAUGAGGAGACCAACAAUCCUUUUUCAUCCAGUGAUGCUCAGGGAGAAACAAAUCCAUUUGAUGAGGAUACCUCCCCUACAAUGGAAGUUAGAGUACGAGCUUUGUAUGAUUAUGAGGGUCAAGAACAUGAUGAACUAAGUUUCAAGAUUGGGGAAGAGCUAACUAAAAUAGAAGAUGAAGAUGAACAAGGCUGGUGCAAAGGUCGUCUGGACAAUGGACAAGUUGGCCUGUAUCCAGCAAACUACGUAGAGCCAAUCCAGUGACAAAUAGUUCUGGAAGUGCUGUUGUAGCCAAUAUGAUGCUUGUGGCUCAAAGUGAGGGGAACUGAAAUGGGUUGAAAAGUGUAUAUAUUUCUUUUAAUGUAAAUGAAUGAUGGAUUGAUAUCUUGUCCCUUGGGAAAAUGGUUAACAAUUUAAGGUGAAACUGGGGAAAGGUGGGCAGCUUAUACACAGCACAAAAUAACCAGGACAGAGUGGAAAAGUUCAGCUGGCAAGAAAACAAUAUUUUUAGAACCUAUUGCCAAUUUACUGUUUUAUCAUGACUUGGUAUAUUUCCAAAUUUGGUAAUGCCUCGAUGCCAGUAUUCUGGGUGGUGGCUUACAUUGAUUUUGGUUUAAAUCCGUUAUUUUAAGUGACCUACAAUAAUUUGCAACUUUUUAAUUGCGAUUUUGUUAUCUGUCCCUAGCAAUAUUUGAAAUAUGCAAUUUUUAUUUAAAGACUAUGUAGUCUGCCAUCUUUUCAUGUCUGGUUCAUCUACUGCUACUUAAAUUAUGACUCUGAUUAUUCACCAGUCUACAUUGUAGAGUUAACCUUUCCAUGCUAUCAGCAUGGCUUAAUGGUGUAAAAUGCCAGAUUGUGUCUGUUACAGAAGACUGUAGCAGAAUUGUCUGCAAAUAUUAGUUUGGGUUUCUUGAAUGCUUCAUGCAUUUUGACACCUGAAAUAUGAGUUUCCCAAAUGACUACUUUAGGUAGAUUUCUAAAAAUCAAAUAUUUAAACUAAUUUCUAUCAUAUUCUUGCUGAGAAACUUAGUUUUGCAAGUUGUUACUGAUUUCGUGUGAUUUGGAAACGUAUAUGAAGAUUAUUUUUAAAGCAGGACUGUAAAAUAGAUUAAUGCUUUUUUGAGAUGCUCUUUAAGUUGUGUAUAUGUAUAUAUAUAUAAUUUGCUAUUGAAAUGUUUAAAGAGCAUAUCUAAAUUAGCAUUUAAGGUGGAGUCCAGCUCUAGUAAAUGUGAGUUUGCUGUCAACUUCACUGAGAAGUGGGUUGCAGCUUUAGAAUAAGCAAUUUAAAUUAUAGGCAUAUUUAAAUUCUGCUUUGCCAGUGCAUACUCAUUUAAAUAUAAGGUAGAUCAAUUGCUCAGUCCAGUCCACUGUGGUCAUAGCACUCAAAGGGAUUGUCAUUGGGUGAUAAGACUUCAGUUCUUACCCUCCUUCCAUACUGAGUCAUUUCAAGGAAUGGAGCCCUGUAUGCAUCCCCAUGUCCCUAUCUACCCUUCCCACAUCUGUUGAUCAAAGAAUACCUCUUUCCUUGGCUGAUUGGAGGGGUGAGGGCUGAGUGGAGAGUUGUGAGUCACACACAAGCUUAUAAUUCCUUGUCAUGGCCUGGCACACUGUGGUGUGGAAAGACUGGGCUUUUUUCUUGGGAUCCUUCUGUGGCCACUGCACACUGGAGUGAGGCGUAAGUAUUCUGGACCUCGCUUCUCAAAUAAGAUGAACAUAGUAGUUGCAUCCCAAGACUUAUAUUUGUAGGUAAAAUUGUGGCUUCAAAUACAAACUAGCAUUAGCCCCACUGUGGAUUAUUGUAGCAGAACACUGUAAAAUCUUCUACUUGUUUGUAAUUGCAAAUCAGCUGUAAAAGUGUCAAAUUGUAUACAUUUGUAGGAAACUUAAAUAGCUAAAUUGUGCACAUGUUGGAACAAGUUGCUUUAUAGAAAAUCUAAAUCUUAUCAGGUAAAUAGAAAUGCUAUUUUAGGGAACUACACUGUAAUUGAAAUAACAUUUUGACAAUUAAAAUGCUGUAAGUGCUCCCUGGUAUUACAUUUGCUUUUGGAGACUGAGGUAUUUAUUAACAUAUGAAGUUCAAUUGCAUAAGGUUGAGUAUUAGAUCUGUCAUUAUAAUAUUCCAGCAUAAUUGUUCAUAAAUGGAAGAGUUGCAACAAA